UCGCUUGCUGGCCCCGGUAUAAAACCCUGCGCAAGGCAGAAAACCUAUCAGACUUACGCACUGAUACAUGUAAUCAACGGUGAGCGGAGACUUGUUUCUGUGUUUAGGAUGUGUUAUUUUUUUUUAGCAUGUCACAAGAAAUAAACAGGGACAAAUAAAGAAGAUCAUCAUUUCUACAACGACUGGUUGGAAUAAACUCCGAUAUUCCCAUUCUGGAUUUCUUCAAGUGGACUAUUCCGCUGGAUCUUACUUGAAUCUGUGAAAGUCCGAUUCGUUUCGAGAAAAAUCCGACCCUUUUCGUGGUUUUGAACAUACGGACAGGUGACUGACGCGCUGCAAGGAAACGCGUCUCCUAAUAUCCAGCCUUGUGCGUACAAAGUCCGUCCUGAUUGUGGCACCGUGGGACAGCUUUGAAAACUUUCUCCAUGAGUGUUUGAGUGGUGCUGCACGGACCCGCGGAGCUUUCACUGCUUGUUGAGAGGGCUGUCAACACAAUGGGACGCCUGUGUCUGCUCCUGAUUGUCAGUCUGAGCUUACUCUCCUGCCAGGUUUUGUGCUCCGGCGUGUUUGAGCUCAAACUGCAGGAGUUUCUCAACAAGAAGGGGAUAGCUGGGAACGCCAACUGUUGCCCGGGAGGUGCCGCGCACCCGCAGGGCCACCAGCAGUGCGAGUGCAAGACCUUUUUUCGCGUCUGCCUGAAACACUAUCAGGCCAGCGUCUCCCCAGAGCCCCCGUGCACCUAUGGCGGUGCGGUGACUCCCGUGCUCGGCUCCAACUCCUUCCAGGUGCCGGAGACCAACGCGGACAGUUUCACCAACCCGAUCCGCUUCUCCUUCGGCUUCACGUGGCCAGGGACGUUUUCACUGAUCAUUGAAGCUCUGCACACCGACUCCCUGGACGACCUGACAACAGACAACCCUGAACGACUGAUCAGCAGGUUCACCACCCAGCGGCACCUUACCGUGGGAGAGGAAUGGUCGAAGGACAUGCAGACGGCCAGCAGGACGGAGCUGCGCUUCUCCUACCGCUUCUUGUGCGACGAGCACUACUACGGCGAAGGCUGCUCGGUCUUCUGCCGGCCCCGGGACGACGCCUUUGGACACUUUAGCUGCGGCGAGCGCGGGGAAAUCAUAUGCAACUCCGGCUGGAAGGGCCAGUACUGCACUGAACCAAUUUGUCUUCCUGGUUGUGAUGAGGAACAUGGAUUCUGCGAUAAACCAGGAGAGUGCAAGUGUCGUGUGGGCUUCAGUGGGCGUUACUGUGAUGACUGCAUCCGUUAUCCGGGGUGCCUCCAUGGCACCUGCCAACAACCGUGGCAGUGCAACUGCCAGGAGGGAUGGGGUGGACUCUUCUGCAACCAGGACCUGAACUACUGUACACACCACAAACCUUGUCUUAAUGGAGCCACCUGCACCAAUACCGGUCAAGGCAGCUACACAUGCUCCUGCCUACCAGGAUAUACGGGUGCUAACUGUGAGAUCCAAGUCAAUGAAUGUUCAGGAAACCCCUGCCGUAACGGAGGCAGCUGCAUUGACAAUGACAGCGGCUACAAGUGCACAUGUCCACCUGGUUUUUAUGGAAACAACUGUGAGUUAAGCGCCAACACCUGUGCGGAUGGGCCUUGUUUCAACGGUGGACGUUGUGUGGAUAACCCUGAGGGUGGCUACUUCUGUCAGUGCCAAAUGGGAUAUGCUGGUUUCACUUGUGAGAAGAAAAUUGACCAUUGCUCCUCCAAUCCAUGUUUAAACGGUGCUGAAUGCGUGGAUCUGGUGAACUCCUACCUGUGUGAGUGCGUUGAGGGAUUUUCAGGCCCCAACUGUGAGGUUAGCAGCAGUAUUUCUGGAUACUGCCAGUCCUUUCCUUGUCAGAAUGGUGCAACUUGCCAGGAGGCAGUUGACGGCUACACAUGCAAUUGCCCUCCAGGGUAUACUGGCAGAAACUGCAGCUCUCCGAUCUCUCGCUGCAUUCACAACCCAUGUCAUAAUGGAGCCACUUGCCAUGAGCGCGGUGGUCGCUACGUGUGUGCCUGCGUGCCCGGCUACGGCGGAAAUAACUGUCAGUUCCUCCUACCGAAGGUUCCCGGUGAUUCCCAGCCAGUUGUUGAUGGACCAGAUCGACGAUAUUCAUCCUCAGAGAGUGGAAACGCAGACAUCGAGGAGGACGACGACAGCGGAUUCCCGUGGACAGCUGUCUGUGCCGGCGUUUUCCUCGUUCUUGUGAUCCUGAUCAGUUGCUCUGUGUUGGUGGUCUAUGUCCGGGUCAAGCUGCAAACUAGACACAAUCCUCACAGCGACAGUGUUCACAGUGACAGCCAAGAGACCAUGAAUAACCUGACAACCAAUAACUGUCUUCGAAGCGACAAGGAGCUUGGUGGUAUGAUGACAGCGUCGAUUAAAAACACCAAUAAGAAGGUAGAUUAUCAUUCAGACCUCGCAGGGUCACUUGGGGGUCUGAGUGGAAUCAGCAGCCUCAAUGGAUCGGAGAAAAACGGCUUUAAGCCUCGUUAUCCAAGUGUGGAGUACAACCUGGUCCACGAACUCCGGCAAGACGAUCUGUUACCUUGUGCAGAGGAGGAAUGCAAAGAGCCAGAGCCCAGAUGUGAGCCGCUGGAUGAGCCCAGCACAGGGGACGGAUUUAGGAAAAGACAAAACAGUGAUGCAUCGGAAAAGAAGCCGGAGGCAGAGUCACCAGGAUGCAGCGAAGCAAAAGAUCAGUCAUCCACCGACUUAAACUGCCACGCGGCGAGGGAUCCUCAGUACCAGUCAACCUGUGACCUCAAAUCCCAGUCGAACAGUGAAGCUGCGUACCCCACGCCCGGUGACAGCCGGUACCCCUGUUCCAGCGACACCAAAUACCAGUCUGUCUACGUCAUAUCAGACCAGAAAGAUGAAUGUAUUAUUGCUACAGAGGUAUAAUAAUGAAACCAGUCUCCUGUGGUUGAUAUUGGUCCAAACACACCAACCCUGAGCAGUAGAGCUCAGCUUGUUUCUGGGAGGUUUUACUCCUGCUGUUUUGCUGCUGUUCCCUGGGAUUUCCUAGAGGACUUUGAGCCAAGGUAAUCGAGGUGCCGGUGCAGAGUCGUAACCUGCUUGGCCAUGGCUGAGGACUACAGCGAUACUACGGGUCAAUUUAGAAUAUUCUUGGCCUUGGAUGGACGCAGGUCUUUUGGUGACUCUAUGCUACGGAUGAAGCACCAGAACAAAGUGCCAGCACUCGUACAGACUUUGUACAGACCCAAUGCUGAUUCAGCGAGUCAAAGACUGCUGGGGAACUCAUGAAGAGCUUGCUUGAUGUCUCCUUGCAGCGCUGGAAGAUUUACAGCUCAUAAGUGGAUGAACUGUUCUCUCCUCACAGGCAACGAAGCGUUACCUUAGAUGUUGACCGAUGAUAUUGUACGGUGGUGUACCGACUAAAUGAACAAUGUAGUACCUUUUAGAGUACUGAAAACAUUUAAAGUACUGCUGUAGUACUGUUUUGUGCUGUGGUUUUACAUUGCUGUGUAAAAUCUGUCCUGGAUUUCCGAUAGUUUAUGUUCUGCGCAGUGCUGCAGAGUGGAGGGUGGAGCUGUUGCAACAGUAGGAGUCCCUGUAUUUACAGGGUGCCCGCUUUUAAGAAUUCAUGCAAUAAAUCUCAAGCAGAACUUUCCAUAUAAGAUUAUUUAAAUUUUAGGGCUGCGCGUAGGACAGCCGAACGCUUUCAGCUCUACAGCACUGACAGAUGUGGCUGAGCUGGUUCUCAGCAGGAAACAGAGAACUGAAAAACUCCAGUAGUGACUGCAGAUCGAUCCACCAUGGAUUCUGUUGGGCCAUACUGGCCUGUGAGCCCUGAAAAAAGUCUGAUACACAGGGAGAUGUUUGGGGCAAGGAAUACAAGAGAAGAACAAAAUCAAACAAAUUCAUGCUUGGUAUUUAAUUAUCAAAAUAUCUGUUCAAAUUAAAACUGACGGUUUGGCAUUUUCCCCCAUUACCUCCUAAUGAUGUCUUUGUUUUUUUCCACGAGAACAAAACCGAGCUGUAAAGUCUUAACUGCCAAGACCUCAUUGCACUAUAGAGGUGUGUGUGUGAGUGUGUGAGUGUAUGUGCGAGUGUGUGUGUGUGUGUGUAUAGAAGAAGCAAAUGACCGCUUUUGGUGUCGAUGUAUACACUGCCGACUUCCUCUCCAGUCUUCCACUAUCAGCCAAUUCAAGGACACCAUCACUCCACCUGGUUAAGAACUUUUGUUUUUGUUUUUUAAAUUUUAUCUGUUAUCUAAAGAAAGAUGUAUGCAUUUAAUUUAA